AUGGAUACUGUGUCCCUGGAGCAUCAGAUUCAGAGCGUGCAACGCCACAUCAGCUUCCUGAAAAAGGAGCAGAUGGCCCUGCUGCGGGACCUGCACCUGGAAAUCCUGAGGCUGCAGAAACGCUGCUCAGAACUGACCCAUGACCUGGAAAUGAGAGAGGCCCAAUUUCACCAGCAAGAGGAAGCGUCGCGGGAGCUGGAGAGCAAGUGCCGAGCGCUAGAGUCGCAGCUGGCGGCGCGGGCCGCGGCCAACGCCGAGCUGCGGCGGGAGGUGGCGCAGCGGGAGGCGCUGGUGUCGGCGCUGCGCUGCAGCCUGCGCACCGAGGAGCGCCGCUUCCUGGAAGAGCUGCGUCGCCGCAGCCACCGCGCCACGGUCCUGGGCACCGAGCUGCAGAAGCACACCGAGGCGGCCGCCUACCUCUCCUGCCAGCUGCACGCGGCGCGCCAGAGACUACAAGCCCCGCGCGCCGGCCCCGGCGCCGCCGCCGAGCCCCGACCCCGCCGGCGCUCACAGCGAGCCCGCCGCCCGCCCGCCGAGGCCGCGGCCAAGGGCCCGGGCCGGGACUGGGCCGCCUGGGACCGCGCGGCCUGCGCCCUGGACGACGUCGACCCCAUGCCCGACCCUGCGCUCUUCCUCUACGCCCGGAGGCCCCCGCGGCCUGGGGGCCGCAGUCCCCGCCACCCGCCUCCCCAGGACCCCCCGGACCAAGCCGGGCCGCAGCCCGCGCCCUGCCAGAGUCCGCCCCCGGCUCCCGGGGACUCGGAGUAG